UCCAUGUGUAUAUAAGUGUGUGAGCGGUCGCUGUGAGAAAUUGUCUUUCCAAGCCAUUGAGAGAACGUUUACAACAAUGGAUGUACUUCUACAAGCCUGUCUGCUGUGCCUGCUAUGUACGACGCUAGUAGCCCCCGCACGCUCCAUGAUGUUUGGAGGCUGUCCGGGGUUCAUGUGUGGCAAAAACUGUCCUUCCGGCUACAAAAGAGAUAUGAUGGGAUGUAAACUCUGUCAGUGUAAAACACCUCCUGUAGUAAACAGACCAAUAUUACUUGUCCCCGUGGUGUGCAGGGAGCCUAACUGUAGCAUGCUGUGUGCCGACGGCUACGUGCGCGACAGCAGGGGGUGCCUCACGUGCAUGUGUAAGCCAGCUUCUUCUUCGGUUAUGGGUGUGAUGAGCCCCAUGAAUACUGGUUCCGGUUCCGGUUCCGGGUCAAGCUCCUCGGGGUCAGGUUUUUUGUCUAUUCCGUGUCCCAAGGGGGUGUCAAAGGUCAAUUGUAACAUGCCACCGUGCCUUGGAGCCAAAUGCCGAAUGUACCCCAUGGCUACCUGUGUUGAAAGCUACUGCGGGGGCUGUCGUUAUGCAUUCUACGUUAACAAGAAGAAAGUGUCCUGCUGAGAGACCAACUACCUUGACAACAUCGCGUGUGUAGCUACGUGUAAAAACAAGAACCUGUCCUGCUUAGAAAGCAGCUACCCAGCUUUAUUGCUGAGUGUACCGUUAACAACAAGAAAGCGUCCUGAAUUGUUUGAUAGUCAUUACUUAGAAGUUGACGGAUGCCAAAGUGGACACGAUUUAUGGAUAACAACUUCUUUAAUUGCUGUAAAGGCGACGUUUCGGUUUUCGGGAUAGAGCACUUGACAAGUCUUGAUUGACAAAGCUAUAAGGAUCUAUACCGAAACGUCGCCUUCGCAGUAAUUAAAGAAGUUCUUAUCCAUAAAUUGUGUCUAACUUGAAGAGAGCUUCCUGCUUACACACACUCAGAUCCAUACAUUGUCCAUAUAUUGUAUUGUUUCAUCGUCAUUGCACCGUUAUACAUCGUGUAUACAUUAUAACCACUGAACUGUGACUGGUAGCACUGUGGUUUAAGAAGACAUGGCGUGGGUCGAAUCUUACAUUCGUCCAAGAUACCAUCUUGACUUUGUCAGUAUAUUACCGUGUUCGUUGAUGUCAUAAGCUGAAACCAACAUUGUUGUCACUUUCUCCCUUACAGUCAUUCUACAUUUAUACUUUGAAUAAAGUAAUGAAACACUA